AUGCUCGAGGUGGGGGAAGGCACGGCGAAGGCGAGCCCCGCGGACGCGGAGGAGCAAAGCGGCGAGGACCACCGCCUGCUGUGUGCGCUGCGGCAGCUGCAUGCCAGGCUGGCGGCUGCCCAGCCGGCGUUCACCGAGGAGGACAUUAUCCUCAUGGCGUAUCCUUCACCAGGCGGAUCGCCGACGCACUCGCCGCGCGAGCGGGAUGCCGAGGGCGAACAGGACGACGCCCCGUGGAGUCUGGGGGCGGAGGCGCCCGGUGGACGGCGCACUGCGAAAACGAGCGCAGGCAUCGGGGGCGCUGCGUCCUCCUCCCCUCUUGACGGCGCCGCGCCCUCGAGGAGUAUGGCCGUGGACAGGGAGACGCAGCUAACCUCCCGCGAGUUUCUCGCGGCGGUGCGGAACUUGGAUGCGAAGGCCAUUCCGCGGAACAAGAAGGCGGCAUUGGAUGCCUUGAGGCUUCUCUGCGACGGAUACGCCCUGACUUGGCGGGACACGCGUCACCUCCCGAGCACAACACUUACGGACCCUGUUGGCUCCUCCCGCUCAAUGGCAACCUCCACGCGUGACUUGGGCACCCGCGGCAACAACGCCUCCUUCUUGCCGACGGAGCGACGUCCUAGCUUUGCUUCUUCAUCGUCGUUUCGUGUUCCAGCGUACAGCCCGCCCAAGAGCCUGGUCCAGCUUAUGGGCAGGUGCAUGGAGUCACUGUUGGUGUAUGUCAACGAGUCACCCUCGCUGCGCACGAUGGUGACGUCAAAUGUGACACUCCUGCGGUUACUCUGCUUUGUGGGUGCGGAGAGCCGAAAAUUAGAGUCCUCGUGCUCUGAUAAGGGCUGGCGCGACGUUGAUGCGGAGCUGAGUGGACUCAUGUCACACUGGCAAUCCUUCUCAGUGACGCUGCCGCUUUUGCUUGCCCUGCGGGAGUGUUAUCUUCUGGAGUUUUUGUUGGAUGCGGCGUUGCCGCCCACCGUAUGCUCAGCAAAGUACGAUGGUAUCGCCGAGGUGCUGCACGAGAAAAAGCGUAGGCUGAUGACGGAGAUGAUGUCUAGUCGAAACGGGUUUGGCGCCAUGACGAAGGGGCUGCCGCUGCGCAGUUUGGCGGCCUUUGUGAGCAUGUCGGUGUUUGCGGAGCCGAAGCUGCGGGCUCGCGUGCUUGACCGGAUGACCGGCGAGGGACUGCUGCGGACGCUUCGCAGCGAGCUGACGGGGGCGCUGGCGGACUCCGUGAGUCUCAUGAAGACUGGGGACGGGACUCCCUCCUCGCCCACGACGUCGCGCUCGCCUUCGCGAAAGACAGGCGAAGCCGCCUCUUUCUCGCAACCGGAACUCAAGCGAGCCCACCUGGAUAAGAAGCCGCUGACGGGCGCGCAGGACUCACCGCUGCGUCGCCUGAGUUAUUGCAUGGACAUCCUCGAGUGUCUGACGGCGCCCAAUUUGGCCCGGGACUCGACUUGCGCGACGCCCGUGAGGGGGGUUGUGCGUGCCACGGCGUGGGCCUCUCAACUCGAAGAUGUUCGGGCCAUCUGCGCCUGCUUGCUGCGCCUCUCCGCCCUGCUUGAGGGCGGUACGCAGUUUUCUAGUCUGCGUCCGCUGCAGGACCAGUUGAUGGAGUGCGUUUGCCAAAUUGCCAGUUACAGUGCCGUCCUCUACGGGGUGGUGGUGGAGGCCCUCGACGACACCCUCGGCGAGCGCGGUCGGGGGCGUGCGACGGGGCAGCGGGACGGCGCGGCCCCUCUGCUGCCUCUUCUUGUGGAGCUCCUGCGCCUCAAGCAACACGCGGAGGCGAAUGGCCGGUGCGUGGGGCGGUGGUUCACGUGGCUGACGGAGUGCCUGGUGCCGCAGGCGUUCGACGUGCCGGUGCUCACGUGCAGCAGAGCCCGCAACGGGCGGUCGUGGCCGAACGGGGCAAGGCGAAAAUCGUCCACCGCACGCCGUGAUGCACCCAUCCUGGCACGAAAUCUGCGUCGUGACGAAAUACAGUCGUUGUCCCCCUACUUCCGCUUUGCCACGCGGCUUGUGUUGGAGACGACGUGGCGCUACGGCGCGGAGCCGUUUCUUGCACGCAUCGCGCUGCUUGCUUACAACGUUCUUCUGACGCAGGCACGGAGGCCGAACCUUGUCUUUGGUCAGGCCUCUGCCUGCUACGACGCGGUGGCCCCACUGCUGGAGACUUCACAGGGCGUACUUCCCGGCGUGCCUCCUGGCGAGUCGGCGUCCGUCCCUCGCGAUUCGUUUGCCACGCCCACGCGGCCUGGCUGCGGGACACCGGGUAGCCCGUCGUUGCUGCGAGGGAAACGAGGCCGGUCCGUGUCUGGGGGUGCGACGGAGGCCGAAGACGAGGUGUUUGUCGCAAGCCCCAGUCAGUCCCCGCUGUUUCUAGAGUCCUACUCCCCUUCUGCGCUUGAGGCAGAGAAGGGCAGAGAUUCGGACGGAGGUUCUCGGGGCGACGGCUCGCCUGCCUGUAGUCUGACGGCACCGUCGUGGCGGCAACGACUUUCACUCUCCGUCUUCCUUGCCGUGUUCGGGGCGUGCCUAUCCAAGUGA